AUGGCCUCUCUCAUAUUCGAGCCGUCGGGCUCACUAGAGACUGAUGCGCAUCUUCGCUUGGUGCAGAACGUCGAUUGGGCUGCGACAUCGAUAGGCGCUAUUGACGACUGGCCACCAGAACUCUUAUUGUUAUUUCAUCUGAUCAUUCUCGACCCGCAACCUAGAAUACUCAUCCUUGGACCAGACAGUCUGCUCCUAUAUAAUGAAGCCUAUGCCGAACUGGUCGGCGAGAAGCAUCCUGCAGCUAUCGGACGACCCCUCUCGAUAGUUUUCCCAGAAACUUUCGAAUAUUGCUCAUCAAUCCUGGAUGAAGUCUCUACUACUGGCAGAGCUUCUGUUGAGAAGAACUUUUGCAUGCCUCUGAUAAGAAAUGGUCGUCUUCUGGAGAUCCACAUGUCCUGGGUUUUUGUACCAUUUCCCAGGAAAAGUUCACUUGUCGGCACUUCAGUCAUUCUCCGUGACGAGACAGAGAAACGUUUGUCGGACAGAAGGCAUAUCACAUGUCAUAACCUGGGCCUUGCUGUCAAUCUGGCCACGAGUAUGUCUACAUUAUGGGAUAAUAUACUUGGGAGCUUAUCCGAAAGAGAACAUUGUUGUCCAUUUGCUCUUCUUUACGCGCCUGAGCCUGACGCCAGAGGUGAUGAUGAGCUGGUAUACCAGCUAAGAGGCACAGUCGGAGAUUUCAAAGACAAUUCAGUAGUUACUCACGUUCUAAACCUGAAUGGCACCAGCAGCGAUCGUCUCAACCAACGUUUGAGCUCAGCCUUGACGACGGAAGAUCCAGUGCUGCUGACCACAGACGACGGCAGUCUUCCAGAGUCCUGGUCAAAAGCAGCAAAGACCCGUGGAUGGGAAGACGAUUGUACAGAAGCUGUGGUUCUUCCGUUGCAGGCUAACCGAUAUCACAAAGUGAGAGCCUUACUGGUCUUGGGAGUCUCGACACGUUCGAACUACGAUUCCGCCUACAAAAGCUGGAACGAAGAGCUCAGAAGGAUCAUCGGGAGCACUCUCCACUCACUCAGAAGAAAGGAAAUCGCGGCGAUGGAAAUCGCUCAACGAGAGAAGAAAGCCAACACGAUCAGCCGUCAAUACAGCCAUCUCGUCAGGGUUAUGGAGCUAAGUGAUGUUGGUAUUUUCAGUUGCGACAGGAAUGGCAACUUGCUUGAGGCCAAUGAAUCCUGGUAUCGGCUCUCAGCGUUUCCUCGGCAGAACGAACCAGUACCUGCGUUCUCUUGGCUGGAGUCCGUCUACGAUGAGGACAAAGAUCUAGUCAUGUCUCACUGGAACAGCAUGCUUCAGGGCAAACCAGUCACCCAUCCUGAUCGACCAGAAGGAAGAUGGAUUCUUGCCGUGUGUCUGCCAGUCAUGGAUGAACAUGGCAAAAUCAUGAGCAUCGAUAUCAGCCACUUGAAAUGGGCCGAGGAUGUUCAAAGAUCAAGAGUUGAAGAAGCACUGGAGGCCAAGCGGCAAAACGAGGUGUUCAUCGACAUGACUUCACAAAACCCCCUUGGCGCGGUCGUACACUGUGCAGAUGCCAUCGACGAAUCUCUGAACGAGAUGAAGUCUAUAAUGGACAAGAUGCAGUUUCCUGACGAGAAAGCCGGCCAACGGCUACGUGAAUUGGUUGGUAACAGUGCAGAAGCUGUUCAGAUCAUCACAUCAUGUUCAAGUCAUCAAAAACGAAUUGUCGACGAUCUUUUGACCUUAUCGAAACUCGACAGCAACCUUUUACAGAUCAACCAAUCUCCGGUCCGCGCCACAAGUAUCUUGGAUGAUAUGCAACGCAUAUUCGAAAUCGAGGCCGGGCGCGCUGAAAUCGAACUACGAAUCCAACCCGAUUCUUCAAUCAAAGCAAUGAAGGUUGACAACGUCAUGCUCGACACUGGACGAGUGCAUCAGAUCCUGAUUAACUUGAUCACCAACGCAUUGAAAUUAUCGAAACGACGCGUCACCAUAACCAUGGGAUCUUCGAAGAAGCGCCCUUCGGAUGGUGCACUGUCUACGACCAUCGACUUUGCACUGCCGCACACACUAAGUGAUACUGUUCGUGAGUCCGAAGCGCUGUGCACAGGUCCAGAAACAUUCUUCAUCUGGUUCACCGUGUCAGACACGGGGAGAGGUAUCAAACCAGAUGAGAAAACUAAGCUGUUUUCGCGCUUCCAACAAGCAUCACCACGCACAUACGCAAAGUACGGUGGUUCAGGGUUAGGCCUGUUCAUCAGCAGAGAACUCGCAGAGCUUCAAGGCGGCGAGAUAGGCAUUGCCACCGAGCUUGACGUUGGCUCGACAUUCGCAUUCUUUGUUAAGACACGCCCAGCUGCACUACCAGCAGAACAACGACCCAAGGACGAACUUGCGUUCUGUCCUCGCAGUGGAUCUGCUCAGACAAGCUUCAGCAGCGAAACAGCACAAAUCCACGUCUUGGUGGCUGAGGACAACCAAGUCAACCAGAAGGUACUCAAGCGCCAGCUAACGAAUAAAGGCUACGUGGUGUGGACAGCAGACAACGGCCAAGAAGCCGUCGACUUCUUACGCCAAACACGUUAUUGGAACAAACCCGACAAACAACAAGGGCAAGAAAAAGACCUUCAUGUCAUUCUCAUGGACACAGAAAUGCCUAUCAUGGAUGGUCUCACCGCUGCCAAGGAGAUACGCGAGAUGCAGAGAUCGGGCGAACUGAAAGGUCAUGUGCCCAUUCUCAGUGUUUCGGCGAAUGCGAGACCCGAACAGACCAGUAUGGCCAUUGCGGCCGGAAUGGAUGACUCCAUCAGUAAACCAUUCAGGAUCGCGGACUUGACGCCGAAGAUCGAUCGACUUGCCGAUCUGGCUCAUGCUAGUUGA